AUGUGGCCCUCGACCGAGAAGGACAUGCUCAGGAAGGAGCAGGAAGCGAAGAGCUUGCUCCUCUCCCACGUGGAGCAGGAGAAGGCGCGCAGUGCUCAGCUGGAGCUCGAGAUGGCCGAGAUGGAGAAGGCGCUCGCCACGAAGCAUAGGGCAGAGGCAGACAGCCAGAUCGAGUCCCUCAAGGAGCAGCACCAAAAAGAGCAGGCGGAGCUGGCGGAGGCCAAGGCCCGGCUGGAGUUGGCGCAGGGCGCGGACCGGCAGCGGGCGCAGGAUGCGCUGGAGCAGCUCCAGCGGGAGCGGGAGGACAAGGAGGCCUUCCACCAGGAGCGCGAGGCAGCCCUGCAGGCGCACGCCAAGGCGUGCCGGGAGCAGGAGCAGAUCGCGAGCGAGAGGGAGACAGCCCUGCGCGAGCUGGCGGACGAGAGGGCCAAGCUGGCGGAGGCCGAAAGGGCGGCCGAGGCCAAGUCAAAGGAGAUCGAGAGCACGCUGGAGAAGGAGAAGCAGGAGAAGGAGUCGCUGCGCCAGCAGCGCGAGAAGGCUCUAGACCAGGUCAAGAAGGCCGAGGAGAUGCGGGCGGCGCUCGUGGCCGAGCGGGAGGAGGAGCAGCGGAAGCUCGAGGCCGAGAAGGAGGAGAAAGGCAAGAUCAGCGAGAAGCUCGAGAAGGAGAUCGCCGAGAAGGAGAAGCUCCGCCUCGAGCGCGAGAAGGCCCUCGAGGAGAGCAUCAGGGCGGGCAAGGAGAGGGAGCAGCUGGUGGCCGAGCGCGCGGCGGCGCUCGGGGAACUGGAAGGCGACCG